GUACAACCGAGCCAAUAGAAUUUUAAAAUUAAAAAUGAUUGGGUGACUUGUCAAAAUAUUCCGCUGCUUUUGAUCAUAGAUGGGGCGACUCAGACAACAAUUUUCUGGCAACUCUAAUAGAAACUUAACCUAAUUACAAUCCAAUAUCGAAAAGUAUCCGCUCAGUAUCAAUAAUUUAUACGUAAUAUAUAAAUAAAACUAAAAUAAUAAAUGAAAAAAGUAUGAAUUAGUAGAUAACAUAAAAGAAUAUAAAAAGUCUAAAAUGUAAAAAAUUAGACAAAUAGGGAAACAUACAUCAUUUAAAAAAACCCGACUGUCGUAAAUAUAUUCACGACAUAUUUACAAAGUAAAAAAAAUUUUUGUUCAACAACAAUGAAAAUGAUCACGGAAAACAUAUUCAAGUCGGGGGACAUGAUUAAUAUAUUUAUUACACAAUUCUAAUAACGUCAAAAUUUGAUUUUACUACCUCCCUUGACUUGGAUAUAUUUUACGUAUUCAACUUGAAUUAUUGGUGAACAAAAACUUCUUUUUACUUUGUAAAUAUUCACGACAGUCGGGGUUUUUUUAAUUAUCAAUUUUUUAUAAAUUAUUAAUCUUUUUGGCUUGUGGCCCUGCUGGAACGAUGCCCAAAAUAGGGAAAAAAAUUAUUGACCUAAAGUAAAAUGCUAAUUUUAAGGGCAUUUCAUUGUUGCACAAGUCUCAGCGUGUUGCGUGUUCGAAGUUUUUCAACUUUAUCUACAAAAACAAAAAAAAUAAGUAAAAAUCGAAUCCAGGCAUGGCAAAUACAUGCCUACGGUAAUUUAGAUGAAUUGCAUUUAUCAAACAUUCGUAUGCCUAUUAUUUCAAAACCUUCACAAGUCAUAGUAAGAGUUGAAGCUUCUAGCGUUAAUCCAAUUGAUAUUACUAUGAUCAAUGGUUAUGGUGUCAAGUUGAUGAAUCUUAUGAGAAGAAUAAGAAAAUUGAAUGAAGAAAUAGAGUUCCCUUUAACCACAGGAAGAGACUUCUCUGGAAUUGUAGUUGCAAAAGGUCAUAUUGUUGGAUCUAAAUUCGAGUUAGGUGAUGAAGUUUGGGGUGUCGUACCUGUAGAACAACAAGGAUGUCAUGCUACUCAUGUUGUUGUUGAUAGUGAUCUGGUGAGUCCAAGACCAUUGAAUUUAUCGCACAUUGAAGCUUCAUCUAUUUUAUAUGCUGGACUUACUGCCUGGUCUUCAUUAUGGGUGACAGGUGGCUUAUGUUGCGAAAAACUAAUGCCCAGCAAAAUUGAUAAAAAAGUUCUUAUAUUAGGUGGUUCUGGUGGAGUUGGAACUCUUGCUAUCCAAAUGGCAAAAGCUUGGAAUUUACAGGUUAUUUCUACAUGUGCUACAGAUGCAGUAGAUCUAUUAAAAAAAUUGGGAGCUGAUAUCGUGAUUGAUUAUAAACAAAAUGACGCUGAUGAUUUAAUAGUAAAAGAAGGAAUAUAUGACAUCAUCUUAGACUGUUCUAAUCAAGGUGUUGAUAAAAUUGAGUCUAAAAAUUAUCUUUUUAAAAAAUAUAUUACUUUGAAUCCGCCUUUACUAAGAAAUUUUGAUGAUUAUGGAAUAAUCGGAGGAACUAUGAAUAAUCUUUUGGACUUAUUUAAGUAUAAUAUUCCAAAAAUAAACAAUAAAAGUUGUGUGAAAUGGGGAUUUUUCGUCCCAUCAGCGACGGGAAUCAGAACUUUACAAAAAUUAGUUGAAAAUCAACAGUUAAGACCAGUCAUUGAAAACGUAUACCAAUUCGAUAAAUUACCUGAAGCAUACAGAAGAGUUGCCGAAGGUCACUUACGAGUAAACAGUGAAGCUAAUGCUCGCCGCAUUACAAUGGUUGAGAAUUGCUUUGGUAGUUCUGGUCAGUCUUUAGCAGUACCUGGAAGAGUCUUGGUUGGCGAGGGGGUUUUAAUAAAAAUGUGUCGAAAAAAAUCCAAACCACGACAAUUUUUUCUCUUUAAUGAUAUAUUGGUUUAUGGAAAUAUUGUUAUUAAUAAAAAAAAAUACAACAAACAACAUAUCAUACCUUUAGAAGAAGUCAAACUGGAAUCGUUGGCAGACGAAGCACAGUAUCGAAAUGGAUGGCUUAUAAGGACAGUUACAAAAUCAUUCGCUGUUUAUGCUGCUACUGCUACAGAGAAACAAGAAUGGAUGGCUCACAUCACAAAAUGUAUUGAAGAUUUAUUACGAAAAAUUUUUUUUUCAGAUUUUUCAGAAAUGGCUCGAUCGAUCAAUUCCACAAUCUAAUCAGCACAAGAAUUCAAUAAAACGCGUCGAUUGCCGCAUCAACCAUCUUAAUCGGUUUAUUCGUUUGAGAGAAAUCGAUCGAAAAAAAAAUAGUGAAAAACGGUUUUCUUCGAUUAUCUUCAAAGCGAUUCAUCCGAUCAAUUUCAAAAUUCAAUCAGCUCUAAAACUCAAUAAAACGCGUCGAUUGCCGCCUCAACCAUCUCAAUCGAUUAUUUCGUUCGUAAGAUAUCGUGGGAGAAAGAAAUGCUAAAAAACGGUUUUUUUCCGAAAACAAUGGCAUACAACAGUAUUUUCGAGCUCGAAGAGCUCAAAAAUGUAAUCACAACAAUAUUUUUGAGCUCAAGGAGCUCAAAAACUGCGGGAAGUUUUGGGGUUGGCCUGCAGGGUCAACCGAUAGACCGAUUUUUUUUACAUUAUAUUUCUCAAAUUAUAAAAAUGAUUAUAACUCGGAAACUAUGGACUUUAGCGACUUGACUCAUAGGACUUUUUUUUGAAGGGAAUAAAAUUUCCUAUUAAAUUCUCUCCUGUAAUUUUAGUCUACUUUCAUUGGUUUACGUUCUGCAAGCCAAUACAGGUCAAUUUCAUAGGAAAAAUUAGUUCCGCAACGGACACAAGUGAAACAGCUGGAAUAACAGCUAAGUAACUAUGGGGACUUUUGAAAAACACCAAAUUCCCUACAAUUCGCGACCAAAACUGCAUUGAUAUCAUGAAACGCAACUGAGUAUAAGAAAGUUAAAUAAAAAAGUAAUUUUAUUUACGUGUAUUUUAAAUGGGAAAAAAUCAAAUUGAAAUAGUAAGUACUUAGCAUUGGAAUUAAGAGCUCAUAUUUGGUGAGAAUUUAUUUUUUUCGAUGUAGAUUGAGAAUUCGCUUGAGCACUUGGAAAAAAACAAUUUUUGCGGAAAUGAAUCACCCUAAUAUAUAUAUAUAUAUAUAAUAAUUUAUUUAUUUACAUACGUAUUUAGAUUCAUGUGGUGUAGUGUAUUCAAUCUCCUUUUUUGUAUUUGCUAUUUAUUGUUGUGGCCCGUGGUUAUUCAAAAUAAAUAAUAAAAAAUAAAUGAUUUAAUAUAAGGUAUCCGCGGGUAACAAGGCCUGAAUGACAGAAAUGAUAUUUAAAAUAAUCGUCUCCGCUAAAGGUUACUCUAGUAGAAGGGUCUUGCAUAGAGAUGUUACGACAAAUUUAUUAAGUCCCGAUACCACAUUUCCUGUCUUCUAUAUUUCAUCAUCCGUCAUAUGCUGUCGUAGAGCAGAAGAAAUUAUAAAAAACAAUCUCGUCUUCUGACUCUUAAAAAGGAUACUAAUAGUUUUAAGUGCUGUUGAGCAAAACAAUCUAGUCCUCUGAUUUUGAAAAAGUAUUGUUGCUAAAUUUAAGUGAUAAUUCACCUCUAAUACCAAUUUUAUUAAGUUUAGUUAAACUAUUCCAGUUUGUUUAACCCGUAGGGCUUAUUAUCCUGCCGUAGUAAAAUAAGGUCUAUUCGUAUGGCUUUUGUAAAAGUAUAAUUUUUUGUUUGCUUAUGGUAAAAAUUACCAUUACUUGUUUACAUUUCAUGGCUAAUGUAUUGAAAUAAAGAUUAAUGAUACAUUUUGAUAAAUAAAUGCAAUAUUUUCGAUUCUAUUCACAAUCUUCCUUAGCUAGGCCUUAUUACCCGCCGCACUGAAAAAAAAUCUGGGCGUCGGUUGACCCUGCGGGCCAGCCCCAAAACUUCCCGCUGUUUUCGACCUCAAAGAGCUCGAAAACAUUAGUGUAGAUAUAUAUCUUCGAGCUCGAAAAUGCUAUCACAUGCAAUUGUUUUUUUACGAUCUUUUCAAGCUCUAACAAGUUACCUGUUAUGCUGAAGUUUGAAAAUUUAAGAAUCGAAAAUCAUCAAUGAAGCGGUUUUUAAAAUUUAGUUCCUGAUUAUGUUCAGUAAAAUAAGUGUAUUGAGGCAGAAAUCGAUGUCAGGGAUCAAAAUCAGGAUUUAAAUAAGUUUUGACUCAUGUAAGAAACAAUAAAAUAUGAAAUAUCCGAUAAAAAUAUCAAAAACUACGUUUUAUCGAUUUUUUUGUUGAUAAUAUGAUUUAAACUAAAAACCAAGUUCGAUGACAUUAUAUGAUCAAAAGAAACCAUGAAAAAGAUGAGUUGGUAUGAUAUCAGGCUGUUCAGUCACGAGCUUGAUUAGUUUGAAUCAAGCUUCGUGCAUUUCCGCUCGGUUCGGGAGUUGCCGAGCUCGCUACUGACUGAAGGUCAGAAUAGUGCCGGGUCACUCGCUAUUUGGGACCGGCACAUACAAUUUCUAACUCAGGAUCGUGUCAAGACGUCCUGAGAACCCGCUACAAGCUGACCAAUCACAAAAUUCGUUUUAUAUUGGUCAGCCUAUGAGAGAGCUCGCUAUCAACUGCUACCUGUUGGCGCGCUUUUAAGCCAAUAAGAAAAUUCGUCAUAUGCAGCAAGGCUGCCACGUCGACACCAAGCUCCUCGACGACUCUACAACGCUACCAUCUUUAUUCAUUCUACAACGUGUCUUUGCUACUUGCAACCUCGUGCUUGAACUGCUUCAGUAAUUAACUUAUGUAAAAUUGAACUAAAACGCUACGCUGAAUUAUCCUCAAUAUUUAGACAGUAUAUCAAGGCUGCUAUUUAUUGAGAAUAAAUAAAUUAUUCUUUCGCCAACAAUUAAUUGUUAAUUAAUUAUUGUUGACUUAACCGCUACUGACCACGUGUCAAUUUUAUACGUGAAUUAUAUUUUUGAGUUUGAAUUCGCUAUCGCGUAUAAAUUUUCUAGUUGCAUUCGCUCUU